GCUUUCAUUUCUUCGACGGAAUAUUUUGAAUUUCAAGUUGUCUGCCGUCAUGCCGUACUUAGUCCGCGAGAAUCUAUUCAUUGGCAACAUCGGGGACGCUGCAGAAGUUCUCCAAAAUGGUAGCAGUGAGAUCACACAUAUUCUGUCUAUGCUUAGUUCAGCAUCGAUCUCAAUUUUCUCUGAAUGGCGUAGCGGUCUCAUAAUCCCGGCGAAGGAAAUUAAGAAGGUUUAUGUUGGUGCUGCUUCUGAGGAUGAUUCAGUUGAUUUGUCAAGUAGUGCUUUGUCACCCGGGAAGCUUUUGUACUCGUUGGAAUAUGCAGGGAAGGAAUUUAAGCUGGUGAGGAUGGCGGUGCCGAUGAGAGAUAUGGAGAGUGAGAAUUUGUUGGAUCAUUUGGACGUGUGCUUGAACUUCAUUGAUAAAAGUAGAAAAGAAGGUUCAGUUUUGGUGCACUGUUUUGCCGGUGUGUCAAGAAGCGCAGCUAUCAUCACAGCAUAUCUGAUGAGAACCGAGCAUCUCUCUCAAGAAGAUGCACUAGAAUCCCUGCGGCAAAGCUGUGAGUUUGUUUGCCCAAAUGAUGGUUUUUUGGAUCAGCUAAAAAUGUUUGAGGAAAUGGGAUUCAAGGUCAAUCGUGCUAGCACCAUAUAUAAGCGAUUUCGCCUAAAAGUGUUGGGUGAAUCCUACAAUCGUGGAGAGAGAAUAGACAGUUCUAAACUUGGUGCGGAUCCUGGAUUGCCUGCGGAGGUUUCUUCUGAAGCAGAAGCUCCUUCAGAUGCAGGAAAUAUUUGCAGAACUGCAUACCGCUGCAAGAAAUGCCGGAGAGUAGUUGCAUUGCAGGAGAAUGUUUUGGAUCAUAUUCCAGGUGAGGGUGAGACAUCCUUUGAUUGGCACAAGCGAAAAGGUGGAAACCCAGUCAACAAGUCUGGGGAGUCUGAGUGCUCUUCCGUUUUUGUUGAGCCUCUGCAGUGGAUGACACCAGUUGAAGAAGGUGCAUUGGAAGGCAAAUUGUCAUGUGCUCAUUGUGACGCUCGGUUGGGCUACUUUAAUUGGUCAGGCAUCCAAUGCAGCUGUGGUAGUUGGAUCACCCCCGCCUUUCAAAUCCACAAAAGCCGAGUAGACAUAAGCGCUGUCUAAGAUAUGUCCAAGUCCAAAACUUUCUGCUCAUUCCCCCCUACCAUGGUAGGGUUCUAUACCUUUACAUGAUCAUACUCAUGAUAGCAUUCCACAAGGUAUGCGAGUUUCAAGUCAACCCGCUCACUCUCGUAAGAGAGGGCGUGGAAGGUAUUGAAUCCUUUUGUUUUCAAUGAAUUUGAGGUUCCGGCGGUGAAGGUUGAAGCCAAAAUAAGUGUACCCUAAUGUGGGAUUUACGGUUCUUGAGCUUUACUAGUUUUUACUUAAAUGAUUUGAUUAUUGUAUGUCAUGGAAAUUUCCUACAUGAAGGUAUCAUAUUCUUUUUCCCGCUUUUGUGGUAGAUAUUACAAGACAUUACAAUGCAUAAAAUACCAGACAGAGACUGGUUAGUUUCUGUUUUUAGUUAAUUCCGAGAUUGUUAUGAAUAUAACUUUGUUC